AUGUUGCUUCGUCAAGAGAUUGCCUUUUUCGACGAUAAGAGGCAUUCCCCCGGGGCUCUUGUCAACUUUCUAUCCACAGAGGCAGCCGAUCUUGCAGGAAUUAGUGGCGGUACUUUCGGACUUAUUCUGAUUGCUGUCUCUUCGCUAGUAUCUGGCUUUCUCGUUGGCAUGGCAUUUGGCUGGAAGUUGGCGCUUGUAUGUUCAUCCGUGAUCCCCGUUCUUAUUGGGAGUGGCUUCAUUGGGGUAUGGGCAUUGGGCCAAUUUGAGGAGCUUAACGAAAAGCACACGAGAGUGUCUGCUAGCUAUGCUGGAGAGGCCAUCUCGGCAAUUCAAACGGUAGCUUCGCUUACCAUGGAGACUCAAAUUCUCGAAGCCUACGAAAGAAGCCUCAUCAUAUCCUUUAGAGAAGGUCUCAAAGCCAACUUAAAGGCGUGUUCAGUGCUUGCUUUGGCCCGUGCCGGUGUCUACGCUUGCAUGGCUCUGGGCUUCUGGUACGGAGGAACCCUCAUUCGCGGUGGCGAAUACUCGCUACUUCAAUUCGUCAUCGUAUACUCUUCCAUCAUAACUAGUGCAUACUCGGCGGGCCUAGUGUUCUCCUUCACGCCCAAUAUUGGAAAGGCAAAACGGUCCGCGGCCGGCCUUCAGAAACUCUUGGGGCGGAAGUCGCGAAUUGACCCAGAGUCCUCUGGCGGCAAGAAACCCCAGCAUCCUCGUGGGCACAUCGAAUUCAGGGAUGUAAGUUUUGCAUAUUCCACACGACCGCAACAUCAAGCCCUUGAUCAAGUCUCUUUUAAUAUCGUGGCCGGUUCCAGUGUGGCUUUCGUGGGCCGCACCGGGAGCGGGAAAAGCACGAUCGUAUCUCUGCUCCAACGAUUCUACGAUCCUUGUGUGACGGAACCAUCGUCCUUGACGGAGAAUCCAUCAAGUCACUUAAUAUCUCAGGGUACCGCAGUCCGAAUCUCUUAUCCGAGACGCGCUGGAAAUGGCUACCAGUGGCCGCACGACCAUCAUAAUUGCUCACCACGUAAUCACGGUCAGGUAUGCUGA